GAGCUAGAGAGCUCGAUACUUCCGGGUUUUCCAACAACGAUACUUGCGAGCUGCUCGGGCGGUGAGAUAAAGAGAUACACAUACUGAGAAGAGCGCCAGCCAGUGCUCGCUAGCUUGAGAAAUAGCAAUCUUGUUCGAGUUGUAGAAUUGACCAACUCAUAUUCCCUCUCUCUCUCUCUCCCUCUCCUCGCUUACGUAGGAUUUGAGGGAUGAACAUGAAUGUAAAGAGAGAUACCUGAUUGGCUAAUAUUGGGAGUGGACUGCAUUAAUAAUAUGUAGCUAUUCUAUUGAGCGGUGAUGAUUCAGCCAGUGAUUUGUAAAUUUCUUACUUGAUCUCGAGGGAACUAUCAUUAUUAACUACGGAGUGUACAUCGGGGGACACCCUGCUUGGUCGGCAGCCGUAACUAGGAAACACCCGCUGGAUCGUUAUACAAGUCGCUGCGAAACUUUGGUGGUCAACAUUUGCCUCUGCCUCUGGUCUUGCCAGCAGGCCGAGUUAGUUAAUCUCAGAUUUAAAUCUUAGAUUAUCUUCAUUGUUCUGGUUUUCACCUCCACAGUAUCGAUAACACCAUUGAAUUUUGUCAACUUGAAUUCAGAGACAAAGAUUCAGAUAGAGACCUAUGUCUGUGCUGUGUGUUCAGUCAAGCAUUAACCUUGCCAUCCAAAGCUGAGUUGUGACUGUGAUGUGAGUGACCUAAUUGAAGCAACGAAGAGGAUGGAUCAAUGAGUUACAGAAGAAGAUUAUAAAUCUACUGAAAUUCGUUUUACCAGACAUUGUCAACUUGCAGCAGAUCCUUCAGACAGGAUGUACUUAACAUGACCAAGAUGUCGUUGACCGGUCUCUUCAGGCAAGAUCCUCGGAUCCCAGCCAAGACAGAGGGCGCCGUGGUACGAGAGUGCAUCUUCAAUGAACUUGAGAGUCAGAUGAAAGAGGUACAGCACCAGCAGUGGCAGCAUGAUCAGGAUGAGAAACAGCGUAAGCAGACGGUAGACUAUAGCUGGCUCGUCAGCACCCAACCCAAGUAUUAUAUCAUCCCUCAGCUCCAGCAACUCGAGCUUGAGGACCUCUGUAGCAAGAUGAAGGCGUGUGAAACGGGGAGGAUCAUUUCACGCUUCAGGGAGCUUCUCACUAGGCAGCCGGAAGUGAAGGAGGUGCCACAGAUCUUGAAAGCCAUCAUCGAGCAGGUGCUGCAGGAACGACCGCCGGAGGAGACAAUCACAGACUGGAUGUGGAAAAAGACAAAUAACCUGACCAAAGUCAAACAAAAUAUCCGUGUGCAUCCGUUGGCAAGCGUGUCGGAGCAGGUAGACAGACAGUAUGCUCAUACCAGGAGUCGUAGAGCCAUUAGUGUGCCAGAGUUUGGGAACAGUGCAACACUUAGGAGUAGAUCGUUACCAGAAUUUUGUGCCAACAUGGAUAGUUUACCAGUAUAGUAAUGAAUGAUGUACCUUUGCUAUAUAAUCUAUUGUAUUUUUUCUGUUUGGUUUUGAUAACUACGUGUUUGUGUGUGACAUUUUUUUUCUUUUCCCUCGAAUAUUGUGUUCAUUUUUUAUGUUACAAUAUUUACUACCAUGAUUUGGGUCUGUUUUAAUUCAUUAAGUUAUUUUCAAUAGGUAUUUUCCCACCCUGUUCUUAUUCUUUCAACUUCAUCAACUACCAAAGUCACACCAUUAUCGAAAUCAGUAUUGAUCAAAAUGUUUGUGUAGUAGCGAUGCCGGUAUGAUGACAAAUCACAUAUAAAGCUGGCUUGAUCAAAUCAAAUGGCAGGGAAAAGACGGGAAGUAGAUCCUCAUCAAUAUCCACCAAUCAAUCAAGGCUCAUCAGCUUCAUAUUCCACCCCAGUGCGUUGAAGGGUUAUUUCCAUAUAGAAUGAGGAUGAUCACUGACCUAAAAACCACAAACUUGGGGAUUGCAUUAUGGUUCAUUCUAUUAAAUUGGCUGGACUGGGGGUAUUUUUAUAAUGUCUCCAUCAGCCCUGAUCAAUCCAUUCAAUCUACGGUAUCUUUCAUCCACUUGGCCUCCAUAAUAGAUGGAUAUCAUGAAACAAGCAUCUAAUGUUUGAUAGUUUCUCAGGUCAAGCAAAGGGGCAAUCUGUUCGGAAUCGUAUUCAUGAUUCAAGGCUCUUUUUAUUUAAAACGAUAUCAGGCCAUUUUACUAAAUGAAACAUUUAUGUCUCAGUCAGGCUGAUUAACACAUACCGUAUGCAGGUGCAAGAAGAGUUAAUUAACCAGUUACAGAAAAACCCUUUUGGAGAAGGAGUAAUUUUAUAUAAAUUAUUACAUGUGUUAUUUUUUGCUACUUUUUAGUAUUGUUACCUUCGAAUCUCUAUGAUGUAUUAUAAAAUUAAAGAAGUAAUUAAAUGUACAUUUACAUGUAUUACAAAAGAA